GGCAGCGGUCCCAGCGGUCCCAACGGUCCCGAGGACGAUCGACGCUGGGGAGGCCGAGAGAUGCGGGACCGCGAUCGGGAUCGCAUGAGAGACCGUCCUCGGGAACGCGACUACCCUCGGGAGAACCCGCCUGGACCUCCUCCGUACCGCAAACGGGGACGUCCUGGCGGCGACGAGGGAGUCCACGGGGACGGCGUUGGACGAGGGGGGAUGCGCAUGGGGAGUGAAAGCAAACGACCUCGUCGGGGUGCUUAAAGGGGGACGAAAGUUCUCUGCUUGCUAUCCCUUCCCUUCACGCCUUUGUUUUUCCUUUUCAUUUCUCCAUUAUAUCAAUGACAUGCAUUGUUGGACGGUGUUCUAUAUCUUGUUGUCUUGGUUGUACUCCGUUUCUGGCCCUUUCUCUUUUCUUCAUUUCCUGUGGUUGUUAUUACUAUUUCUAUCUGGUUGUAUCCCUCAUACUCUCCCUUUCUCUCUUUUCAUUCCUCUUUUUACUAUUGACCUGGCAAGCAUAAUGGAUGCGAAUUUAAGAUGUGACAUGAUGACUUUCAAUCCUGUGUAUAACUAGUAGAGAAACUCUGAUGGAU